AUGUCGGCUCAGAUGGUGCUGGAUUUAGUUGAAAUCUUGCGCCCACAUUUGCCUGAGACCACAAGCUCUCUGGCCAUUCCUGUUGAACGCAAGGUAUUAGCUGCAAUUUACUUCUUUGCUCAUGGCUGCUACCAUCAAAGUGUAGGUCAAAAUGUGGAUUUUCCUAUGGGAAGAACAACAGCUCAAGACUGCAUUCAUAUGGUGACAGGUGCCCUCAACAACAGAGAUGUUGUGCGCCGAUUUAUCAAGUUCCCUCGUACUAAGGAGGAGCUGAACUUGACCAUUCGAAGAAAUCAAGAGCUUCGGGUUAAGAUACCUAACACUGUUGGCUAUGUGGAUGGCACACUGGUGCAAAUCAUGAAGCCAGGCGUUGACUACAACGUUGAUGCAUACAUUAGACGCAAGUCUACCCCAUGCCUUAAUGUGCAAGUAAGUGGUGUGUGA